AUGCCCUCACCUCGUCUCCCAAGAAAUCUUGUAUGUGCGAUAUUCAUUGGAACAAUUGCUGUCUUCGUUCGAGGCCAGGAAGAAGAAGGAUGGGUUCCUUUCAAUGGAUAUCUAUAUGGGUUCUUCGACUAUCAAGCUACAUUCUCUGAAGCUGAAGACAUUUGUGUUCAUUACGGAGGUCAUUUGGUUUCGAUACACAGCGACGAGGAAAAUGAAUUCGUACACUCGAUGACAAAUCCACUAAAAGCAUCCAAUAUUUGCGAGAGGGUCUGGAUUGGCGCGAAGAGAAAAUCAAGAAAUUCCAACAAAUGGACAUGGACCGACGGCAGCGCAUUCGACUAUUCGAACUGGCAUAAAGGGGAACCGAAUAACUCCAGAGGCAACGAGGGUUGCGUAGAGUUCUUUAUCGAGAAAACCAGUGGAUUUCCCGAAAAAUCUUGGAACGACAUUCCAUGCGGUAGAUAUUUGUUCUAUUUCAUUUGUAAAAUACCUGCUUAA